GGUGCGGGAGGGGGCGCUACUCCUCCGACGUCACCUGUGUUGCGCUUUGAAGCUUUGGCAGCUUCGCCCUCCGACUAUGGCUGCACGGUCGGUCAUUCUCGGUAUCGACCUGGGCACUACGUCUGUGAAAGCGGCCCUGGUGGAGUCCGCGCCCGGCGACCCAUCCGGGUUCUUGGUACUGGCGAGCUGUGCCCGGGCUGCGCGGGCCGAGGCAGCGGCCCAGAGCGCUGCGGCAGGGCCCCAGGGGCAGGAGCAGGAUGUAAGCAGAGUCAUCCAAGCCCUAAAUGAGUGCCUUGCUGCCCUUCCUCAGCAGUUGCUCCAGGAAGUCGGUGGCAUUGGAGUAUCAGGACAGAUGCAUGGAGUCAUGUUUUGGAAAACAGGCCAAGGCUGUGAAUGGACAGAGGGAGGGGCCUCCCCCGUGUUUGAGCCCAGAGCUGUGAGCCACCUGGUCACAUGGCAGGAUGGCCGGUGUAGCAGCGAGUUCCUGGCUUCUUUGCCCCGGCCGGAGUCCCAUCUCAGUGUGGCCUCAGGGUUUGGCUGUGCAACCAUCUUCUGGCUUUCGAAGAAUAGCCCAGAGUUCCUGAAGUCCUAUGAUGCAGUGGGCACCAUCCAUGACUAUGUGGUUGCCAUGUUGUGUGGCUUGCCAAGAUCCCUGAUGUGCGACCAGAAUGCUGCUAGCUGGGGAUAUUUCAACACUCAGAGCCAAAGCUGGAACUUGGAGAUAUUGAGGACCUCAGGCUUUCCCAUCCACCUGCUCCCAGACAUCGCUGAGGCCGGCAGCUUGGCGGGCAGAACUUCCCGUGCCUGGUUUGGAGUCCCAAAGGGGACGCGGGUGGGCGUGGCCUUGGGUGAUUUACAGGCCUCCGUCUAUUCCUGUAUGGCCCAAAGGACAGAUGCGGUUCUCAACAUCAGCACCUCUGUUCAGUUGGCAACCUCCAUGCCUCCAGGAUUCCAGCCGGCACAGACUCCAGACCCAACAGCUCCAGUCACCUACUUCCCAUACUUUGACAGGACCUACCUGGCGGUGGCAGCGUCACUCAAUGGGGGCAAUGUGCUGGCCGCGUUUGUCCACAUGCUGGUACAGUGGAUGGCCGAUCUAGGUCUGGAGGUCGAAGAACCCACUGUAUAUUCGUGCAUGAUCCAGGCAGCUGCACAGCAGAGAGACACCUGCCUAACUAUCACUCCAACGGUGUGGGGCGAGAGGCACCUGCCGGACCAACUGGCCUCAGUGACCAGAAUCUCCUCCUCUGACCUCUCCCUGGGUCAUGUGACCCGGGCCCUGUGCCGAGGCAUUGUUCAAAACCUGCACUCCAUGCUUCCAUUUCAACAGCUCAAGGAGUGGGGUGUGGAGCGGGUGAUUGGCAGUGGGAGUGCGCUGUCCAGGAACGAGGUUCUGAAGCAGGAGGUGCAGAGGGCGUUCCCUUUCCCAGUGUCCUUUGGGCAGGAUGUGGACGCAGCUGUGGGGGCAGCUCUGGUCAUGCUCCGGAGGAACCUUAACCAGAAGGAGUCUUAAUACAUUCUUUGGCCAAAGGACUUGCAAAUUUUAUCUAAUUAGCGAUUCUCACAUGACCUUGGGGUCAUCCUUUUCCUGGACACGUUUGUGGGCAGCUUUUUUUUUUUUUAACGUUUAUUUAUUUUUGAGACAGAGCGAGACAGAGCAUGAAUGGGGGAGGGUCAGAGAGAGGGAGACAGAAUCCGAAACAGGCUCCAGGCUCUGAGCUGUCAGCACAGAGCCCGACGCGGGGCUUGAACUCACGGACCGCGAGAUCAUGACCCGAGCUGAAGUCGGCUGCUUAACUGACUGAGCCACCCAGGUGCCCCUGUGGGCAGCUUUUAAGCAAAGCUUGUUCUCAGGGCACCAUCUUGACCAAGAACCUACCUUCAGGGCAUACUCUAAUAAUGCAGCCAGGACUCAUCAACUGGAUCCCAAAUCAGUACUUUCCAAAAGAGACUCACCUGGGAACUGGUCCCAAAUAUAAAUAUGGUGAAGAGAAGAGAGAGAGAAAGAAAAGGAACAGUACCCCAGCAUCCCGGUCAGCAGGCUCAUCUAUGACUCACCUGUAGACAAACAGAAAAUAAAUAUGGACUUUAGGCACCAAAAAGUCUGGUGACUGUGCGCUCAAAGUAAGAAAAGAAGACCCCCCCCCCCCCCCACCAAUCCAGCUUUUUGGAUUGUUUUUAAAAGGACAUGAAACGCAGGCUUGGGUCACAUGCACUGUUGGAAAAGUCCUUCCCUACUGGAUUGUCCCAUGUGACCCUGAGGUCCCUUUCUCACUCUUGUUCUCCCUUGGCCACAGCUGGUUAUAGCUGAGGCAGGGGGUCGCCCAGGGCAGUAAAGCAGACUGGCUGAGAUGAAGAUGCAGGGAUCCAUGCUGCCUUCUCACCAUGCACUUCCCCUCCAAGGACAGCCUGCUGCACUGGAGCUGCUCCAGAUCCUUAACACAACUGGCUCGAAGGCACAGAACAGGGAAGGAAAGGUGGGUGGCAUGACCAGCAAGGGGGACGGAUGCUAUGUGGCCCCACCAUUCAAGCACAUUGUUCCCAAUAGUCUGACCAGGCAGGACCCUUUUUCGGAGGUGUGUCUGGGCAGCAGUGUAUUUUUCUCCUGCACAUUCUUGGGAGGCCUUCCACGGGAAGGGAUGCAGCUGGGCAUGCUCCUGUCAGAGAGGAUGGUCAGUUUAAUCAGAGAGAACUCCUUAUCCUGCAGGCCCUAGAUUUUCUUUCUCUUGGUGUCGGCCUUGCUGGCCUACCAUGUGUUUCUGGCCUGCAGAAACAUCCCACUAGAGUCAGCAUCCAUGUGAGGCUCCCAGAGCAUCUUAAACCUUUCUGUAGUUGGUAGGGAUGACCAUGGAAUGGCUCCAGGAAAAGGCUGUCAUUCCUGCAUCUAGUUCCAGACUCCUAAGAGUGAUCCCAAGGCUCAGGCAGGCCUGACUCUGAGACUCCUAGGCAACUAUGAGUUUGGGAAGUGGCCAUGCUGUUUCUUUGUAAAGGUCACUUUAUGAAUUAUGUGGUUGUCUGAGCUCUUAGAUUAAUCUGCCUUGCCAUGCUGAUUGGAUUUCAGAUACUAAAGCUCAUUCUUUCAGAGCUUUGUCCCUUUAAUAAGACACCCCUGUCUGCUUUGGGAACACUGUAAAUUAUGGCAUAGCUGUAGGGCUUGGUUUGGCAGGUUGGACAUAAGGAUCAUUUGUAGGUUGUUCUGCAGAAAACCCCACCUGCUCCAUGAUUGUACCAGGACAAGUAGCUGAAGAUCACUCGGGAAAGUCAUGUGAGUUUUCUCUCAGCCAAGAUGAGUUGACACCAUUAUUCUGGAGCCCCUAUGGAAGGCCUGUGAGAGAGGUCACCUUGGGAUAGGCCAAAGGAUAACAGAUAGCCUGUCCAUCAGGAGGAGUUGGCCCUCUGACUCCUGGGAGGCAGCCUGUCUUGUAUUCUCAGGGUGCUAUGGAUGGAGCCUGUAAAUGUAAGAUUAGGAACUGGAUGGAAGGCCAGGUAGCCCAUACCAGUGCCCAGUGCGGUGCUGGAACUCUCUGUUCCCUUUCCACAUGUCCACUCUAUCUCUGAGGGCCGAGCCUUGCGCAGUCCAAGCUUGCCAGCUAAAAGCUCUGUUACUGUUUUUAUUGCACAGGCCUGGAGCCUCUGCAGUGGGGUUGAGCACAGCUUCCAGGGCCUCAUUUCUUCAGCCUGAAAUCAUAAACCACUCACUGCUUUUGCCGUCAUUCCCUGGAGGUACCAGUAAGUGUUUGAUACCAGUGUGAUCCUCAGAUGAGGAACUGGCCUUUAGGACUGUUUGCCCAUAUCCUGAUCUUACGAGCAGGUGGUAGACUUGCACUUUCUCCCCAGAUUUGCUUCGGCCAGCAAAAUGUGACCAGAAGUGUUCUACUUCUAAGCAGAGGCCCUUAGGAGCCAGUGUGUGAUUUUCCACACUCCGUUCCCUUUGCCAGGAGUGACUGGUGGUGUCCCGGAGAACGGAGGCUCUGUCAGCCUGUGUUCCAUGUUAGGGCACUAUGGUGUAGAACCCUCACCAACAAAUGUGCAACAUGAAAUGUGACUGAGAAAUAAACCUUUGAUGUUUGAAGCCACUGAGAUUUGGGGUUGUUGCCACAGCAUAACUUAGUUUAUCCUGACCACUACAACCACAGUAGAGACUGUGUCUAAGAAGUCUCAGCUGCACCCAGCACAGACCCAGACAUUUAUUGAACACCCACUAGGAGCUGGGUGUUCUGUCAGGACAGGGCUAAAUUGCCAACACUAGGACAGAUUAACACAUGUGUGCAGAAGAAGGAACAAUUCAUUCUUUAUGUAAGUGACAUUAAGCUAAACCUUGGAGAGUUUCAGUCCAUCAAUACCAACAGCAGUUAACAUUUUUUGAGCUAUGUAGUAAGAGCUAAUCUAUACUUGUUUGGACCUAUUUGAUCUAUAUGGUAACCCUAGAAGGUGGGUACUAUUAUCUUCAUUUCUCAGAUGAAGAAACCGAGACACAAGUUAAGUAACCUACCUAAGAUCACAACUCUAAGAUUCAACCCCAGAGCCCAUUUUCUUUAGCAUUGUAGGCUGAGAGAGCAGGUGUAUUCACAUGAAAGUGACCGGCAUGAGCAGGGUGUGAUGAACUGUCUGGUGUAACUUGGUCACAGGGCUUAUGAAAGGGUGUGAUAGAACUUGUGGCUGGACGUGUUGGCCAAACUGUGAAGGGUCCUAGAUGCCAGACUGAGGGGUUUAGACUUUCUCCUGUGGGCAGCAGAGUGGAGGACAGACUUCAUGAGCUUUAGGAGUGUAACUGUCAGCCAUGGGGACUUUAGAGUGGAGAAUGGGUGUUACAGGAGGUGGGGGCCCAAUUGGAGGGGCCUAGAAAACAGCUUGUGAGAGACAGUAGGCCUGAACCAAUGUGGGGGCAGAGCCUGCCACACAUACCCUUCUUUUGGCCCUUGACUAUGACUAGAUGCAUAUAAUGUUUAUGUGGCUUUCAUGUUCUUUAUUCUUCUCAACUGACUGAAAGCUGCUUGAGGGUAGGCUUCCUCUUAGGUGUUCUCUGCCCUGCCCUUCUCCUUAAUCUUGGGCUGAUGCCCAUGUUUGAAUGUCCUUCUCCCAGGGAAGAACACAAUACCUUGUCCAAGGCCCAGCUCAGAUGCUAUCUUCCUGCUGCACAGUCUCCCUGGAAGCAUAUCUGUGACUGGAUUAUAAUUGCAGCUGGCAUCUGGGACCCAACUCAGUGUUUGCUGUUGGCAUGGCCUGUUGGCUCCUGGCUUGUGCCUGUUACAGCAUGCCCCACCCAGUAAAGCGUCAGAGAGAGCCUAGCAGUUUUUCCUCAUGUGUCCUGGCCUUCUCGAGGUCAGAGACCCAUCUUAUUCAUCCUACUCACUUGCUGUGGUUUGCUAGUGCUUGGUGGGGCUUCAAGGAAGAGGGUGGUUUGCACCUGACCUCUCAGCCACGAUUAGAUGGACAGAUAGCCCAUCUUUGAAAUUGAGAGAUUCUGGGUUUAGAGAUGUUCACUGUGUGACUCAUGAAACAUUAAGCAAAUCUUGUUUUUUUUUCAUUAAAAAACAAUUAGUCACAACCUCGAGCUAAUGGCCGGAGAUAGCUCAACAAUCAGCAGAUGCGGUUCUCUUCUGAAAUGAUGAGCACAGUAACCCCUCAUGCUUGCCUAGAGCUUUACCAGCUCACAGAGACCAUUCAUUCACAUCCAGUAUUCUUAUUAAUCCCCAGAAAAGCCUCAUAAAGCAGGCAGGGCAGGUGCUUUCACCCAUUUUGGGGAUAAGGACCCAGAGCUUCAGCUAUCAGCCCAAAUUUAUGGAGCGGGGUGUCUGCUGGGCGUGUCUGGGUCUCCUCUCCUGCCUCUAUUCUCUGCCCAUGCUCCUGACCCUCCAAUCUCUUCUCUGUCUUGUUGCCAGUACCCGCCCUGGGUCCCAGCUCUGCAGAGCGGGGCUCAGCUGUCGGGUGCUGAGUGGAUGCCCCAUCCCUCCCCAGCUUAGAUGGCCAGCUCCAUCCACUUCUGGAGUGCGCUGUCCCCUCUCACAGAGCCCUGCCCUCCAUGGGAACUGACUCAGGUGGGUACCUGGUGACACUAAUGCACAGACCAAAUGCAGAAAGGAAAGUAGUUUUCUUCUAAGUCUGCUGUUUGCCAUUUGUAUCCGGAUCCCUGAAGCUGUUUAAAAUCUGGGAAGCAAGACACAAAAGUCAGGAAGUUAAAAAUCCACACAAGAUUUAGCAAUCCCAAGAUAAGACCGGUAGAGUUGGCACUGUCCUUGGGUGGGUUACAGGUACUCGCGAUGGUGCUUUAACCACCUUCUCUGGGGCCGGAACUAGCUCUGCUUAUUCCUACUUGGGUCCUCCCAGAAAUGAGGGGCUGACGGUUCCUGAUUUGGGUAAUCAGGCUUUUAUUAGCACACGACAGUUUGCUGGUUUCUAGCUGUACCAGAAAGUUUGGCUUCAAAUCCAUGAGGGACCCAGAUGGAUGAAGAAAAUAAAUGAGGAUCCCAUUGCCAGGGUCAAGGGCUGAGUUUAAGUCAAUGUGCCCCCCUGGUGGUGACGCUAAAGAACUGCAGCCAUUGAUGACCUGGGGCCCAGCCCACUUGGCCCACCCACGUGCUGGUGUGGCCCCUAGCACUUUGCUGCACUGCCUCUUGUUCCCAUCAGACCUGAGCUUGGGGUACGUGCCCCCUCCCAGAAUUCAUCACUGAAACGUGAUCUACUUACAAAGAGUUUUAAUGGAUACAUCAUUACAUAGAUUCAAGAACACCUUGUUGGCAAAAUACCACCCAGAAAACCAGGCUGAUGGCAGCAGUGCUCAACCCUAAGGUCUUGUGUCUGCUUCCAUUUCUUGAGUCUUAGUAGAACCACUCAGCGCAGGUUUGGCUCAGAUAAAACCAUGCCAAUAAAUGUAUAUGUUGUGCUCCUUUGGGCAAGUUGUGGAGCUAGGUAGGCUUAGAGAAGGAGAAUUGAGGGUGCAAGAGCCCUGUCACUCUGGAGCCAUGAAAAUCUGCCAAAUAAGACACAAACCUCAGAGAAGUUAAAGCUCAAUACAAGCUUUAGGAAGCUUCAGACAAGACUAGUAUGGUUGUCACUGUCCUUGGGCAGGUAACAUAACCUGUCUAUACUUCAUUUCCUCAUCCAUAAAAUGGGGGACAAAAUCAGACUCUCCUCAUGAAACUUUGUGAGAGCCUGAUGAGCUAAUGCAUAAAGUGCUUAUCCCAGAACCUGGCACACUGCAUGGUCUUAAUAAGCAUCCACUGCUAUUAUCGUUGUCUUUGUGAUCACACACACUGGUUGCUGCAGGAAGGUGCGGGUCUAGAUUUCUGUAGGGUUUAGAGGUGAGCACUUUGGCUGGGGCCUUGGUGGAGAGGCUUUUUGGAAGAGGUGGGAGUUGAAUGAUAGAGCCUAAGCAUCCAAAGGUCCCACCUGCCACCUGGUCCUUAAAAGACAGGUUAAAUGGAUGCAUAGUGCAAACACGUUGGGCAGAAAGAGGACAGGGGAAGGGGGUGGAGGCAAGCACAGUUAGUAUGGCUUGGGAGGAGAUGUAUCCAGGUAACAGGAGGGGCUGGGCCACAGUGGGAGUGGAGACUGGGGUUGUCGGCUCAGGGUACCAAGCCAAGGGGUAGGGCCUUAUUCUGUAAGGGGGCGCAGUCAGGAGGAUAUUCUAGGUCUGGGGAUUGGGAGGUCAUGAGUCAGGGUGCUGGGCACUUCUGGUGCCUCAGGUGAGAGGAAGUAGCUGCCAGCCGCAGAGGAUCCAUAUGAGCCACAGAAACGUAGCCUGGACAGAACAGAGAAGGAGAGGCUGGAGAUGACAAAGUAUGUCAGACUUUGACAUAAGAAAGUUGGUGCCUUAGGGGCGCCUGGGUGGCUCAGUCGGUUAAGCGUCCAACUUCAGCUCAGGUCAUGAUCUCGCGGUUUGUGAGUACAAGCCCCACGACGGGCUCUGUGCUGACAGCUCGGAGCCUGGAGCCUGCUUCGGAUUCUGUGUUUCCUUCUCUCUCUUCCCCUCCCCCACUUGUAUGCUGUCUCUCUCUAUCA